CCUCUCAUUAUCUUUUGAAAUAUGAAGAUCAGAGAAAAACCUGGGUUUAAAGUGUGGAGUGAUGCUCCUAGAAACCUGCUUAUAAAUUAGAAGGCAUCCUGAUUCACUAAUAACAGACUAAGGAACAGAACUGAUACUUGGAUAGAAGAGCGGAAUUUCACGGUCAUUUUUACUGCCAUGGACCUUAAGCCAAUGCCUACUUCUCUGAUCACCACAAAUUGUGGAGCAGAACAUCUAGCCUAUUUGACCUCUCCUUCAAUGGAUAAAUUCCAGAAAGCCUAUUCUGGAAUUUGACUCUGAAUUGCUUCUAAGAUGGGAAGUAAGAAAGAUGAUGGGCUCUUGAACAGGAUCUCAUGUUCAGGACCAGCAUUGCUUGGAAGCAGUCAUGUUACCAGUUCUCAUGGUUUACCACUCCGAGAACCAUUUGGCAUCCCUCUUCCUUUUGGACAAACGUACUGGGACCAUCAGCCUUACAAUGGCUAUUCAGGAAGAUUCUCUUAUGUACCCUUUUCUGGGUAUGUGGGAGUUUAUGACUACUCAUUUGAGCCAGCUUUCAUUCGGAAAAGGAAUGAGAGGGAAAGACAGAGGGUUCGUUGUGUAAAUGAAGGCUAUGCACGCCUCAGAGACCAUCUUCCCAAAGAACUUGCUGAGAAGCGUCUCAGCAAAGUGGAGACUUUGAGAGCUGCCAUCACUUACAUCAAACACCUUCAGAAUAUGCUGGAAUAUCAUCCUUUAGGAACAAAUAAUAAGACAUCCAUUCCAGCUACAGAUGCACCGGGAGUUUCUGGUUCUAGUUUAAGAAGAGAAUGCAACAGUGAUGGAGAAUCUAAAACUUCAUUAGCUUCAUCUCCUUACAGUGAAUUUGAGGAAGUUUGUGGUUAGGAAAACAGUCUAUAGAAACAAACAACCUCAAAACCAUCGAUCUCUUUCCAAAAAAAAACCGCCAAAGAAUUUCCAAUUUUUUGUGGAUCACCUGGAGGACAAAAAAAAAGUCAUCUCUAGCAAAAGGAUGGAAAAAGAUAUUGAGAAAACUGUUUCCAGUAUAAUUCAUUCUUGGCAAUCUUCAGGUGUUUAUGUAAGAAAAAUAUAACAUAGUUCCUAACAUUUCCUUAUUUAUGUUAUUGAAUAUUUUAUGACUGAGCUAUCUUUUCUAAAAUUGGAAACAUUAUUGACUUGUAAUCUUUGUUUUGUUUUGGUUUGGUUUAGUUAAAGACAACAAUACAGUCAGAUGUGUUUUUCCUCCUCUCUUGCAAUAACGCUCUGCUUAUUAAGAUACUGUCCAGGUUUAGUGGACACUGGGCAAUAAUGCUGUAAUUAAUAAUAAUAAUUAUUGGUGGCGCAGCGGACUAAAGUGUUGUUAAUUAGCACUUAGCUGCCAGCUGCCUGCAAUUACUGCGAGUUCAAAUCUUACCAGGCUCAAGGUUGACUCAGCCUUCCAUCCUUCCGAGGUAGGUAAAAUGAGGACCUGGA